AUGUUAUUAAUAUUUUUAUCAAAUAUUUUUAAUUAUUUUCUCUUCAAAAAUUUAAUUAGAUCAACACCUUCUUAUCCCUCCCAUUCUCCACAUAAAAUAACAAGACAUUCAGCAUUAAUUAUCACUUUUUUAUUUUUAAUUCAGUCAAUUUCCUCAACAAAAACAAAUUUAUGUCAUUCUUGUUUAGCUCAAUGUAAAUUAAUUGAAGGCGGAAAAAUUGAUCCAAUUAAAUGUGAUUGUGGAGGAAAUAAUGAUAAUGAAAAUGAAACUUGUAUAGCUGAAAAUUGUUUUGUAAAAAUUGAACUUUUUCUUGAAGAAAUGAUUGGAAUUGUGCAGGUAAAUUGAAAUUUAAAGAAAUUGAAAUAAAUAAAUAA